GGUCUCGAUCUCCUGACCUCGUGAUCCGCCCGUCUCGGCCUCCCAAAGUGCUGGGAUUACAGGCUUGAGCCACCGCGCCCGGCCAAGUCUGCCUACUUUCAUCUUUGAUCUAGAAUUAGUACUAAUUUUUUCCAUUUGGAUUGGGUAAGAGCCUCUUUUGACUGAAGCUUGCUCAGCACCUAAGUAAGUGAUGUACAUAAAAGACCUCUAGUCCUCUCCUGCUGAUUUCCAUCAGUUAGCACCUCGCAAUGAUUAAUCCAGAGCUGCGGGAUGGCAGACCUGAUGGCUUCAUACGUCGGACAAUUUGCAACUUUAAACCAAACUGGAAGAUUUGCUUUUGCGUGUGCUUCGUGAUUAUUUCUGCAGCUUGCAUUAUUAUGAUAGUCAAAUGGCCAAAAUGUGAUAAACGUGUGGCAUGUUCAGGGGACUGGCUUGCAGUGAGAGAGAAGUGUUUCUAUUUUUCUGAUGAUACCAGAAAUUGGACAGCCAGUAAAAUAUUUUGCAGUUUGCAGAAAUCAGAACUUGCUCAGAUUGAUACACAAAAAGAUAUGGAAUUUUUGAAGAGGUAUGCAGGAACUGAUAUGCACUGGAUUGGACUAAGAAGGAAACAAGGAGAUUCUUGGAAAUGGACAAAUGGCACCACAUUCAAUCAUUGGUUUGAAAUUAUAGGGAACGGAUCCUUUGCUUUCUUGAGUGCUGAUGGAGUCCAUAGUUCCAGAGGAUUUAUUGAUAUCAAGUGGAUUUGCAGCAAACCUCAAUAUCCUUUAUAGAGCAGAAAAAACUUGAAAAUGACUAUCACACUUCAAGAUUGAAAGAAGAACUAACUACGCAAUCCUCAACCAUUUUAAUCCAAGAAAUACUUUUAACAAUUCUAACCCACCCAGGAAAUGCUAACAGAAAUAAAAAUAAAUAAAAUAAGCAACAAAUAAAUAAAAAUAAAUAGUAUUCAUUGUGGUGGGCAUUUGAAAUGUUAAAGACAACUAUAAAGUCUUUAACCCUUUAAAGACAAAGAAAUCUUAUAGAAACUUUAGUUGGAAAGAAGUACAAGUAGCACAUGAGUUUUGACUUAAAAUUUGCAGAAUGAUUAAAUUUUGAAUUGCUAAGGAGCAAAAGAUCCUGCAUCACAUACACAGAAAAAGAGGCAGAAUUAGAUUAAAUUUAAUUUUUUAAUAUACUGAAAAAAUAAGGCUUUGUGUUUUUCUGUUAAAAAUAAAACCCAGAGAAACAGAGAAUGGCAUGCUAGUUUCCAGGGGACAGAUGGAAAGGGAAAUGGGAAAUUGCUGCUCGAAGCACAGAAAGUUUUAUUUAUGCAAGAUGAAUAAGUUCUAGAGAUUUCUUCUACAACGUAGUACCUACUAUUAACAAUUUAGUAAUGUGCACUUUAAAAU